CGGACUCUGUAUACUCCACAUAAUUAACUCCCAGUCUGCUCGUUUCGCUCCAUUGACCACGUCAAUUUCAUCGCCAUCACCUCCAUCUGUAAAUCCUCAGUGACGUCCAGUCGCCAAAACCACAGAGACACCAUGUCCCGUCCCACUGGUCUCAUCGCCAAAAAGGGCAUCGAGCUCCUCACCUGGAGCACGCCCAACGGCUUCAAGGCCAGCAUCCUCCUCGAGGAGCUCAAGGAGGCGUACGGCCUCGAGUACACAUGGCAGGGCAUCAACAUCGGGCAGAACAUCCAGAAGGAGCCCUGGUUUACCGCCAUCAACCCCAACGGCCGCAUCCCGGCCAUUGUGGACCACGACAACAACGACCUCGCCGUGUUUGAGGGAAACGCCAUCCUCGGAUACCUGUCGCGCAAGUAUGACCCCGAGAACAAGUUCUCGUUUGCCGUCGACGAGGACGACUACACGCGCGCCGAGUCGUGGAUUGGCUGGCAGCACGGCGGCCUAGGACCUAUGCAAGGCCAGGCCGGCCACUUCGCCAUGUUUGCGAAGGAGAAGAUCCCCUACGGCAUCCAGCGCUACGUCGGCGAGACAGAGCGCCUGUACGGCAUCCUGGACGCCCGCCUGCGCGACCGGGACUACGUCGUGGGCGCCGGCCGCGGCCGCUACUCCAUCGCCGACAUCGCGCUGCUGGGCUGGGUCAACGGCAUCGAGCGCCUGAGCGUGUCGCUGGACCAGUUCCCCAGCAUCCGCGCCUGGCUGGAGCGCGUGCUGGCUCGCCCGGCCGUGCUCCGCGGGCUCAACGUGCCCGACGCGGACCCCAAGCGGGCCACGGCUCUGGAUGAGAUCGACGACAAGACCAAGAGUAGCAGGGCUGAGCUGAAGAAGCUUGUAGAUGCAGCCAAGGAGCAGUACGGAUACAAGUAUGCCUCUCCGUAAGUGGGAGAGUGAAAUUUGGACGCAUGAAAAGUGAAGGAUCAAUGAGAUAAUGGGACCGAGGUUCAAAAACGGGAAAUGCGCGGGCUAUCAAGUUAAUACUAUUGAUGACAACAACACAACAAGAAGUGGGUUGAAUUGUGAUAUUUGAUACCGACCUCAGAAUGCCAAACCAAAGACUGCAGGACGCAAACACCAUCUUACCAUAGGACCGAACUGCCACAAAGAUACAACGCAACUUGAUGCAAUCACUACAAACGCAAUGCCCAACGCCGG